GAGGAUCAGAAGAGGAGGCUGAAGUUCAGGCAGUGAGACGGCCUGAUAUUCUGCUACCAAGGAGAUAAACACACAUAUAGACUGUGCCAAAAGCAGAUCUUCCACGCUUGCCAUAAAAGGCCAGCGUGGCCCUGAGUGGUUGGAGAAAGACAGCCUGCCAGGGCAAGAGGCAAAGUGCAGGGGCUGUAAAGCAGGGAGUGAGCGUUACGGACACUCAGGCGCCAUCUGCUCAAUCCCGCAACACCUUUCCAGCUCAGCUCCUCUCACGCUAGGUAGGUCACAGAUUCUGAAGCUGGCACCAUGCCACAAGUCGAAGUAAAGAGCGAAGUCCCAAAAGUCCUCAAUAAAACCACACCAGGACUGCAGAUAUGGAGAGUGGAGAAUAUGGAGCUGGUGCCCUGCCCAUCAAAAACAUAUGGACAGUUUUUUGAGGGAGACAGUUAUGUAACUCUAUAUACCCAAAAGACCAGCAGCUCCUACACCUAUGACAUCCAUUACUGGCUGGGCAAGGAAACAUCUGUGGAUGAGCAAGGCGCUGCCGCCAUUUACACCACCCUAAUGGAUGAUCACUUAGGGGGCGUGGCAGUGCAACAUCGGGAGGCCCAGGGCUACGAGAGCCCUACCUUCCUGGGCUACUUCAAAAAUGGCAUCAUCUACAAGAAGGGAGGAGUAGCUUCAGGAAUGAAACAAGUGGAAACGAACGUAUCCGACGUCCGCAGACUCCUGCACGUCAAGGGCAAGAAGAAUGUGGUGGCAGGAGAGGUGGAUAUGAGCUGGAACAGCUUCAAUAAAGGCGAUGUGUUCCUGUUGGACCUGGGGAACGGCAUCAUUCAGUGGAACGGCCCUCAGAGCAAUCGCAUGGAGAGACUGAAGGGGAUGAAUCUGGCGAAGGAUAUCCGUGACCGAGAAAGAGGGGGUCGAGCGCAGGUAGUUGUGGUGGAAGGAGAUGAUGAGGCAUCUUCUCCGAAGGCUAUGGAGGUGAUGAUGAAGUUCUUGGGAGAACGACGGGAAAUUAAAGACCCCAUUCCUGAUGAGGUGGUUGACGAGAAGCUGAAGUCUAGCAUCAAGCUUUUUCAUAUUUCAGAUGCCUCAGGCAACCUGGUGGUGAAAGAAGUGGCAGUUAAACCACUGACCCAGGAUCUGCUUAAUCAAGAGGACUGCUAUUUGCUGGACCAAGGUGGAAUCCGGAUCUUUGUCUGGAAAGGGAGGAAGUCAUCAAAGAAAGAGAGAUCAGAGGCACUGGACAAGGCUGAGGCUUACAAGAAGGCUAAAGGCUAUCCUCCCUCCACCUAUGUGGAGACAGUGAACGAUGGCUCAGAGUCCUCAGUGUUCAAGCAGCUUUUCCAGAAAUGGACAGUGAAGGGUCAGACGGUUGGGAUGGGCACCACACACAGCCCAGGCAAAAUCGCCAAAGUUGAGCAGGUAAAAUUUGACGUCACUUCAAUGCAUGCCAGACCUGACCUAGCAGCCCAGUACAAAAUGGUGGAUGAUGGCACCGGAGAAGCAGAGACAUGGAGGAUAGAGAACAAUGAGCCUGUCCCAGUGGACAGAAAAUGGCUGGGGCAUUUCUACGGAGGUGACUGCUAUCUCAUCCUCUACACAUAUGAAGUCAGCGGCAAAAAACACUACCUUUUGUACAUUUGGCAGGGUCGUCAUGCAAGCACAGCAGAGCUGACAGCUUCUGCAUAUCAGGCAGUUAUUCUGGACCAGAAGUACAAUGGAGAGCCAGUGCAGGUCCGAGUGCCAAUGGGAAAGGAACCCAUGCACCUGAUGGCCAUUUUCAAGGGCAGGAUGGUGGUUUAUGAGGAUGGAAGUUCCAGAGGAGACUCUACUUACGUUCAGCCAACAGUCAGACUGUUCCACGUUCAUGGCUCAAAUGAGUUCAACACCCGUGCUACUGAGGUGCCUCCCCGCUCUGCCUCGCUCAACUCCAAUGACGUGUUCGUUCUCAGCACUCCCACCUGUUGUUACCUGUGGUACGGAAAGGGCUGCAGUGGAGACGAGAGAGAGAUGAGUAAAUCCUUGGCUGAUAUCAUCUCUAAAAGAGAGAAGCAGGUCAUUGCAGAGGGUCAGGAACCUGCUGACUUCUGGGUGCAGCUGGGGGGAAAAUCCCAGUAUGCCAGUGGCAAGAGACUACAGGAAGAAAACCUCCAGAUUACUCCACGCCUGUUUGAGUGCUCCAAUAAGACGGGUACAUUUAUUGCAACUGAGAUUGCAAAUUUCAACCAGGAUGACCUGGACGAGAGCGAUGUCAUGCUGCUGGACGUUUGGGAUCAGGUGUUCCUGUGGAUUGGAAACGGGUCCAAUGACACAGAGAAGAAGGAGGCAGUGCUCUCAGCACAGGAGUACCUGAAAAGUCACCCUGCUGGACGAGACCCUGACACUCCUAUCCUAGUGGUCAAGCAAUCUUUUGAGCCACCCACCUUCACUGGCUGGUUCCAUGCCUGGGACCCUUCCUUGUGGAGUGGAGGAAAAUCCUAUGACCAGCUGAAGGCAGAGCUUGGAGAUGCUACAGACAUCAUCCAGAUUACAGAGGAAAUGAUCAAGCCGAUCACCUCCCAGUCUAACAACACGGGUACCACGGGCACCACGGGUAGCACAGGUACCACAGUGGGAAUCAUACCACCAUCGAAUCGGCCGGUCCACCCAGCGGAAAAGCUGGUGAACUGCCUAGCAGAGGACCUGCCGCAAGGGGUUGACCCUGCCAAGAAAGAGGAGUAUCUCUCAGAGGAGGAGUUCAAUCUGGUGCUGGGUCUUUCUCGACUGGACUUCUACUCUAUGCCUCUGUGGAAACAGCAGAACGUGAAGAAAGAAAAGGGCUUGUUUUAAAAGCGAGACAUUCUCUCUGUCUCUUUCACUUCAUAAGAACCCCCAUCAAUAUGAACCUGUGAGUCACAGACUUAGUGCAAUGAGAUAACACUACAGACCACUGUGCCUAAUGUCAGAUUUUAGAUUUAUGUGUUUACAUGUAAUUAUUUUAUUUAAGACAUUGCAAAGAGAAAUAAAUCAUGUUUCUAGAAUCUAGAAUAAGAAAAAGUUUUAAUAAUAAUUAUAUUUAAAAUAAAUUAUACCUAGAUCAUUGAAUAUGAUGGAAAUGCUACGUUAGUGCCUUUUAACAAAUGAUAACCUGACCAAUAUAAGUAGGAGUGGUUUAAAGGCAGCUUGUUCACUGUACUGUGUUUUAUUGUCAUUUUUUUAUUUUUUACAUUAGAAUUCAAUAUGCUGAAUAUGCAUUAUGAACUGCCAAUUCCACUCUUUUAUCAGCCUUAUGUAUUUCUGUUAUAUUCUUAAAAAGUAAAUUUAUGAGAUAAAUAAUGUUAAAUUAAUAUAUUAUUAACAUGUCACUAAUAUGCACUAAUAAUAUUUGAUGCUGACAUAUGCAUUAUAUUGCUAUUAAAUUAAUUGUGUCCUCAA